GUAGAAGGUACCCUUUUUUAGUUUUUUGGGCAUCCAGAUCAUCCAAGAAUACUAUUGGGAAAGGCAGUCCUCUCUGGCAGUACAUGCUGGAUCACUCUUUGCGGGAACAUCCAAUUCUAAAGAAGCUGCGGCUGCUCACCACUGAUCAUCCCUGGGGUAUGAUAAUGGUGUCCUGUGACCAGGCACAGCUUAUGGCAAAUUUGGUCAAACUCAUUAAAGCCAAGAAAGUUAUUGAAAUAGGUGUUUUUACAGGUUAUAAUGCCUUGAAUAUGGCGCUUGCCCUGCCAGAUAAUGGCAGAGUUAUUGCCUGUGAUAUAAAUGAGGACUAUGCCAAAAUUGGAAAGCCACUGUGGAAGGAGGCAGGAGUAGAGCAUAAAAUUGACCUGCGGAUUAAGCCAGCAAUUGAAACACUUGAUGAACUGUUGGCCAGUGGAGAAGCGGAAACCUUUGACUUUGCUUUCAUUGAUGCGGAUAAAGAAAGCUACAAUGAGUACUAUGAAAAAUGUUUGCGCCUCAUAAAGAAAGGGGGAAUAAUAGCUAUUGAUAAUGUCUUUUUCCAUGGAAGGGUGCUAAACCCAAGAAAGAAUGACUUGGGAGCCCAGACCAUCCACCACCUCAAUGAGAAGCUUCUCAGAGAUGCACGAGUCAAUAUCAGCAUGCUCCCAAUGGGGGAUGGAGUCACGUUAGCGUUCAAGUUGUAA